GCUUCCUAGACGACAACUCCGGAUCUUAGUUUCUUCUGAACUUCCAGUCUACGGAUCCGUAGACACGUUCAAACAAACUUGUCCUCUGUUGUCCAACCGCCUACCAAGAUGGAGCCCACCUUGAAGGAGUUUCUCCUUAGCGCGAUUCGGCCGUCCAUCAUUUUGGUCAUGGCCACCUACCAACUCAUUCUCGCUAUCGUCGACGUGCUCCUUGAGUGUAAGCCUGGCGUCCUGUUCCAUGCGUCCCAGCUGCAAGAGCGGGCCUUCUCCCGCUUCUGGAACGCAUAUGGAGAAAUUAUGUCGGAAGAAAUGCCAAUGCCAAUGAUGGCACUGCUCAAGACUGUCAAGGGAACUGUCCUCGAUAUUGGCCCUGGCACGGGCGACCAGCUACGGCACUUUGACGCGUCUAAAAUCGUCAAGGCAUACGGUGCGGAACCGACCCUCAAGCUCCACGACAAGCUCAAGAUCAACGCAACAAAGGCCGGUCUGGGCGACAAGUACAGCGCCCUCCACUGCGGAGGCGAGCCCGAGAGCUUGUUCCCCGCGCUCGCAAAGGCGGGGCUGCUGGAGGGUGGUGCGGAAGGCGUGUUCGACGAGGUCGUCUGUGUCAGGGUGCUUUGUGGCGUGCCGAGGCCAGAGGAGACCGUCAAGGGCCUCUACAAGCUGCUCAAGCCCGGCGGGAGGCUUGUGUUGCACGAGCACAUCGUCAACCCUUGGAAGGAGAGUGGAGGAAGCUUCAUCUCAAGGUGUCUCCAGGCGAUUUACAUGGCUCUGGGAUGGAAGUUUUUAAUGGGCUCAUGUUGCAUGGACAGAGACACUAAGAGCAUUGCCCUCGCUGCAGGAGGCAAGGACGGCUGGUCCCAGGUCCAGCUGCAGUAUCUGAAUCCGUGGAGCCCGUUCCCGUACCUGGUCGGGUCGUUGGUCAAGAAGGAUUAGCUAGACUGUAUAGUAUGUAGGUAGGGAAGACUUGCCGCAUUUGAAAGUGGAAAGCACGG